AUGCUUGUUUCAAAUCCACCUGCUAAUUCCCAUCAACUAACAAAUAGUUUGACAUCAUCAAAUACUUUACAUUCUUCCCUACCAUCGUCAUUCUCGGCUGCAUCAUUAGCACCAUUAUCAACAACAAAUCCAUGUACAUGGUCAAUAAAACAAGUUGAAGAAUGGCUUAUAAAAAAUGAUUUAAGUGAUUGUAUCGAUUUAAUUUGUGAUCAACAUCGAAUGAACGGUCAACGUCUAAUGAAUUUAAAAGAAGAUGAUGUUUUACAACUAAAAGGAACAAAUAAAAAUAAUAAUUUAUGGUUACAAAUUAAAAGAUUACAACAAUUUUAUUCAAGUAAUUAUCAUUUAUGGACACAAAGACAAUUAUCGCCACAACAACAACAACUACAACAAUCUCUACCAAUGACAACAUCAUCAUAUUUUGCGCCAUCGUUAUUACAAGCACCGAUACCACUUCGACCUUUUACAAAUAUUCGUCCGACACCAUCUCGUGUGACAAUUCCAGGAUCAUCAAUUCCAUUAUCACAAUCACAGAAUUCAGUAUCAUCAUCUUCAUCAUCAGCACAUACAAUAAUACAAAUGAACCAACAACAACAACAACAACAAAAUCCUUCGAUCUCAUCGACAACAUUAAAUCAAUCUCAAAACGUAACAGGAACAACCGUACUUGAACGUUCACCUUUGACUGUAACAAAUUCAACAAAUAAUCUACAACAUCAACGAAGAUCAUCUUCUCAUAGUUUAUCGACAUCAAAUACAUCUAUUACUAUUCUUCCAUCAUCUACAACAGGGGCAGGACAACGUCCAACAAGUUCAUUAUUAAAUUCACAUCGUACGCCGGCUGAUCAAAUUGAAGACCAACCAAUGACUACUUGUUGUUUUGUUGGCUCAAUACGUUCGGAUAGGAAAAAAACUUUAACCGCAUGUCUUCUUGCUUUAUGUACUCUAUAUUUUUGUUCAUUUAUUAUAACAAUUGUUGACGAACGUUUACCAGAUCCAAAAACUUUUCCACCAUUACCUGAUCUUAUACUCGAUAAUGUUAAACAAAUUCCAUGGGCAUUUUCAGUUACUGAAAAAAUUAUCGUCAUCGAAAUGGUUACACUGAUAAUAGUCAUUAUUCUUCAUCGACAUAGGUAA